UAUGGUUUUACGUUUCCCGCCAUAUACAGCUGACUGUAUACAUACGUUAUACGAACUUCGGUCUCGGUGCCGGAAAGUACCGGAGACAUAAGAUUAUUCUCAGUUUUAAUUCCCGCAGAAGAUGAAGACCGGUACUGGGAUGGAACCGAGUGUUACUACGGAGCAGGAGAAGGUUAGAAAAUCCUUACAAGAAUUGCAGCCCUCAGCCACUGACAAAGAAGUUUUAGUGGGUGGUAAUAGGAUCAAGUCUUCUCAACAAUCAAAAGAUGUAAAAUCAAAGAGAGAUGUACAAAAAUCAAAACCAAAACGCAUUCAGAAAUCAAAAAGUACCUCCAAGCUUCUAAAAAAAACAACAAAAGAUGAGGCUGUACAAACCGAACAAAUACAGAGAGAAAUUGAUACAGACGACUUAACAUCUAUAGAUGCACCUGGUACCAGUGAAAGGUUUUGGGAAUUGCUAGCUGAAAGGAGAAGAUUAGCACUUAAAAAUGCAUUAGAAGAGAAUAAGGAGCUUGUUGAAAAAUUGAACAGAAGCGAGGAACGGAACAAGAAGUUGCAAGAAGAAAAGCGUGUAUAUAAAGAGAUGUAUGAUGAGACAGUAGCGCUUGUUGAAGUGCUGCAGGAAAUGAUCAACGAGGGGAGAAAUACUGCUAUAAAUAAUUCAUUAGAAGACACAAAUAAUUCAUUCGACGAUAGCGUUCUUUAAUUUAAGAGUAUUGUUAAUUUUUCUAGUGAAGGUCAAAUUAAAGCUGCCGUAUGGUCCAAUCUCAUCGCGUUAUUUAUAAUGACUAACAUGUAUAUGUAUUUAAAAAGUAUUCAAGCAUAUCUUUCCAAUGUGUGUUGUCUCUUGAAAAUGUCUCGUAAAACACAGAAAAAUGUCUAUUUGAAAAUUGAAUACUAAAUACGCAGUUAGAAAUAUUUGAGUUCUUGGUUUUCUUCAAACAUUUGUAAUAAUUCACAUUGUUUAAAAAAACAAACUUAUAUUAUUAAAAAUAUUCUCGUAAGUUUGUUAUAUUUCGUUACACGGUAUAUCUAGUUUGAAAAUUUUGCAUUCUAUAUUUAUUAGUAAAAAUUAGUUAAAAAGACGUGUGAAAAAAAAACUAGCAUUAUACUAUCGUAAAAAAUAUUUAUUUUCUUGCAAGUCAAGUAUGAACUGAAGACAAGGUUCUGUGUAUUAAAAUACAACGUGAUAAGUCGUUCCAAUUCGCUUACCUUUGAAAAUCCACUUUUGUAAAAAACUGAAUAAAUUGCUAGACGUAAGUUCAUAUAUUGUGAACCGUUGUUAAAAAAUAUAAUCAAUGAAAAAAAAAAAAAAAAAAAAAAAAA